CUCUGGAGUCGCGGUCGCGUUGUGUGUGAGUGAGGGGGAGAGAGUGCGGGACCUGAGGCGGCUUGUGUGAGCAGUGGCCGCUGGCGGGGUCAGGGGGGAGCGGCGGAGCCGCCCGGGAAGGCCAAGUCAUGACUACAGUAGCGGUACAUGUGGACUCCAAAGCUGAGCUCACUACCCUGCUGGAGCAGUGGGAAAAGGAACAUGGCAGUGGGCAGGACAUGGUACCUAUCCUUACCAGGAUGUCUGAAUUGAUUGAAAAAGAAACUGAAGAAUAUCGUAAGGGGGAUCCAGACCCAUUUGAUGAUCGACAUCCUGGUCGAGCUGAUCCAGAGUGUAUGCUGGGCCACUUGCUGAGAAUACUCUUCAAGAAUGAUGAUUUCAUGAAUGCACUGGUGAAUGCAUAUGUGAUGACAAGCCGAGAGCCCCCUUUAAACACUGCUGCUUGCAGACUCCUACUGGACAUAAUGCCAGGGCUAGAAACUGCUGUCGUCUUUCAAGAAAAGGAAGGAAUUGUUGAGAAUCUUUUCAAAUGGGCCCGAGAGGCUGAUCAGCCACUGAGGACAUAUUCUACUGGUCUGUUAGGAGGUGCUAUGGAAAAUCAAGACAUUGCUGCCAACUACAGGGAUGAAAAUUCACAGCUGGUGGCAAUAGUACUUCGAAGACUGAGGGAGCUACAGCUUCAGGAAGUAGCUUUGAGGCAAGAAAGCAAGCGUCCUAGCCCACGAAAGCUCUCCUCUGAACCCCUUUUGCCUCUGGAUGAAGAAGCUGUGGAUAUGGACUACGGCGACAUGGCUGUAGAUGUAGUGGAUGGCGAACAAGAGGAAGCUUCUGGAGACAUGGAGAUCUCCUUUCAUCUUGAUUCAGGCCACAAGACCAGUAGCAGAGUGAACUCAGCAACUAAACCUGAGGAAGGAGGAUUGAGGAAAAACAAGUCAGCAAAACAGGGUGACAGAGAGAGCUUUAGGAAAGCCAAGCAAAAGUUGGGUUUCUCAUCUUCUGAUCCAGAUCGCAUGUUUGUUGAGCUGUCUAACAGCAGCUGGUCAGAAAUGUCCCCCUGGGUGAUUGGCACCAAUUAUACCCUUUAUCCUAUGACUCCUGCUAUCGAGCAGCGACUUAUUCUCCAGUAUCUGACCCCUUUAGGAGAAUAUCAGGAGUUACUUCCCAUAUUCAUGCAACUUGGAUCACGGGAUUUGAUGAUGUUCUAUAUUGACUUGAAACAGACUAACGAUGUCCUACUUACAUUUGAGGCACUCAAGCACCUAGCAUCUCUCCUGCUACAUAACAAGUUUGCCACAGAAUUUGUCGCGCAUGGUGGAGUACAGAAAUUACUGGAAAUUCCUCGUCCUUCUAUGGCUGCAACUGGUGUAUCCAUGUGCUUGUAUUACCUGUCCUACAACCAGGAUGCCAUGGAAAGAGUUUGCAUGCAUCCCCACAACGUUCUGUCUGAUGUGGUGAACUACACACUGUGGUUAAUGGAAUGUUCUCAUGCUUCAGGAUGCUGCCACGCUACCAUGUUUUUCUCAAUCUGCUUCUCCUUCCGGGCUGUAUUGGAGCUCUUUGACCGCUAUGAUGGUCUUCGUCGUCUGGUGAACUUGAUCAGUACUUUGGAGAUUCUAAAUUUGGAAGAUCAGGGUGCACUUCUGAGUGAUGAUGAAAUAUUUGCUAGCCGCCAAACUGGGAAACAUACCUGCAUGGCCUUGCGCAAGUACUUUGAGGCUCACCUGGCCAUUAAAUUGGAACAAGUGAAGCAGUCACUUCAGAGGACUGAGGGUGGCAUUCUUGUUCAUCCUCAACCCCCGUACAAGGCAUGUUCAUAUACUCAUGAACAGAUUGUGGAAAUGAUGGAGUUUUUGAUAGAAUAUGGCCCAGCGCAGCUAUAUUGGGAGCCAGCUGAAGUCUUCCUUAAACUUUCUUGUGUCCAACUCUUGUUGCAGCUUAUUUCUAUUGCUUGUAAUUGGAAGACCUAUUAUGCAAGGAAUGACACUGUGCGCUUUGCUUUGGAUGUCUUGGCUAUUCUCACUGUUGUGCCAAAAAUUCAGCUCCAGUUGGCAGAAUCAGUGGAUGUGCUGGAUGAGGCUGGCUCCACCGUCUCCACUGUAGGUAUCAGCAUUAUUUUGGGAGUGGCUGAGGGUGAGUUCUUUAUUCAUGAUGCUGAAAUUCAGAAGUCAGCACUUCAGAUUAUCAUCAAUUGUGUGUGUGGCCCGGAUAACAGAAUUUCUAGUAUUGGCAAAUUUAUCUCUGGAACUCCUCGGAGAAAGCUGCCUCAGACUCCCAAAAGCAGUGAGCACACCCUGGCCAAGAUGUGGAAUGUGGUCCAGUCCAACAAUGGCAUCAAGGUGCUUCUGUCCUUACUGUCCAUCAAGAUGCCCAUUACAGAUGCAGACCAGAUCCGGGCCCUGGCCUGCAAGGCCCUGGUGGGCCUGUCUCGCAGUAGCACUGUCCGGCAGAUCAUCAGCAAACUGCCCCUUUUCAGCAGCUGUCAAAUCCAGCAACUGAUGAAAGAGCCUGUGCUGCAGGACAAACGCAGUGACCAUGUCAAGUUCUGCAAGUAUGCUGCUGAGCUCAUUGAACGGGUGUCAGGAAAGCCACUUCUCAUUGGCACUGAUGUGUCCCUGGCACGACUUCAGAAAGCAGAUGUUGUUGCCCAGUCAAGGAUCUCCUUUCCUGAGAAAGAGCUGCUUCUGCUGAUACGAAACCAUCUCAUUUCUAAAGGGCUUGGGGAGACAGCAACUGUGCUGACUAAAGAGGCUGACCUGCCCAUGACUGCUGCCUCCCAUUCUUCUGCCUUCACCCCAGUCACUGCUGCUGCUUCUCCUGUUUCUCUUCCCCGUACCCCUCGCAUCGCCAAUGGCAUUGCAACUCGACUGGGCAGCCAUGCUGCUGUGGGUGCCUCUGCCCCUUCUGCCCCCACUGCUCAUCCUCAGCCACGGGCCUCCCAGGGUUCACUAGCUCUGCCUGGCCCGUCUUAUGCAGGCAACUCCCCUUUGAUUGGUAGGAUCAGUUUUAUCAGAGAGAGGCCAUCACCCUGCAAUGGCAGGAAAAUCAGAGUGUUGCGGCAGAAGUCGGACCAUGGCGCCUACAGCCAAAGCCCAGCCAUAAAAAAGCAGUUGGACAGACAUCUUCCUUCCCCACCUACGCUGGACAGUAUUAUCACAGAAUAUCUUAGAGAGCAACAUGCUCGCUGCAAGAACCCAGUUGCCACCUGCCCACCUUUCUCUCUCUUUACUCCUCACCAAUGUCCUGAGCCAAAACAGAGGCGGCAAGCGCCAAUAAACUUUACCUCAAGGCUAAACCGCAGGGCAUCAUUUCCAAAGUAUGGAGGGGUGGAUGGCGGAUGCUUUGAUAGGCACCUUAUCUUUAGCAGGUUCCGUCCUAUUUCAGUGUUCCGGGAAGCCAAUGAGGAUGAGAGUGGCUUCACCUGUUGUGCAUUCUCAGCACGAGAGCGGUUCCUGAUGCUUGGCACCUGCACUGGGCAAUUGAAGCUCUAUAAUGUGUUUAGUGGACAGGAGGAGGCCAGCUAUAACUGUCACAACUCAGCUAUCACACACCUUGAACCUUCCAGGGACGGGUCCUUGCUGCUGACAUCUGCUACUUGGAGCCAGCCUCUGUCUGCACUUUGGGGAAUGAAAUCAGUAUUUGAUAUGAAGCAUUCCUUCACAGAAGAUCACUAUGUUGAGUUCAGUAAGCACUCUCAGGAUCGGGUCAUAGGCACAAAAGGAGACAUUGCCCAUAUUUAUGAUAUUCAGACUGGCAACAAGCUGUUGACUCUGUUUAACCCAGAUCUUGCCAACAACUACAAGAGGAACUGUGCCACCUUUAAUCCUACAGAUGAUCUUGUCUUAAAUGAUGGCGUCCUCUGGGAUGUCCGCUCUGCACAGGCCAUCCACAAGUUUGACAAGUUCAACAUGAACAUCAGUGGCGUUUUCCAUCCGAAUGGGCUGGAGGUCAUCAUUAAUACUGAGAUUUGGGACCUUCGUACUUUCCAUCUUUUACACACAGUUCCUGCUCUAGAUCAGUGUCGAGUGGUGUUCAACCACACGGGGACAGUGAUGUAUGGAGCUAUGUUGCAGGCAGAUGAUGAAGAUGACUUAAUGGAAGAGAGGAUGAAAAGCCCUUUUGGAUCAUCCUUCCGAACAUUUAAUGCAACUGAUUACAAACCUAUAGCGACCAUUGAUGUGAAACGGAACAUUUUUGACCUAUGUACAGACACCAAAGACUGCUAUCUUGCUGUCAUCGAGAACCAAGGCAGCAUGGAUUCUCUGAACAUGGACACAGUGUGCAGGCUGUAUGAAGUAGGCAGGCAGCGUCUGGCAGAGGAUGAGGAUGAAGAGGAGGAUCAGGACUUAGUACUGACUAAGCAAGGGCGAUUUGUUGUGCCAGUAUGAGAUUAGGUAUGUGUUCCACUAUCGGGCUUUAUAGGUUAUGAACCUCUACUUUCUCCUCUAAAUUGAAUCCUUGAGUAAACCCUGUCACCUGGAAUCAACAAGCUAAAACAGACUCACCUUACUGUCCUCUAUGUAUACUCUCUUGAUCGCCACUGUCUCUGGUAGAAUGUUCUAACUGGCUAAGUAUGCAUUUUAUUAGAGCUCAGAGAUAAUUCAUAAUCCCAAGAAAUGGGUUUCUGAGCAGAGUGAGGAGAGGAGACUUGUAUGUAUUGGGGGUUAGUGGUCACUGUGGGAUCAGAGCAGAGCCUUCUGCUGGGCUUGCUUCUUGACCCAGAGGCAUCCUGUGCCAGUGCUUCCCUCGUGGGAUGCCCUCUUAGGAAGGGGCAGUUUCCCAGCUCUAUCUUCCCUCUCUCCUCACACACAGAUGCAGAUAGUCAUGAUCCUUGUUGGAUACCAUGGGGAUAUUAUUUUAUAAAGCACUUUACUGAAAAUGACAUCCUCAGUACAAUAGUUUUUGUUUUUUCUUGGAUAGACUUUAUUUUUUAGAGCAGCUUUAGAUUCACAGCAAAAUUGAGCAGAAGGUACAGAGAUUUCCCAUAAAUGCACUGUCCCUGUAUGCAUAGCCUCCCCCAUUAUCAACAUCCCACAGCACAGUGGUACAUUUGUUAUAAAUGAUGAACCUAAUUUGACACAUCAUUAUUGCUCAGAGUCCAUAGUUUACAUUAAGGUUCAUUCUUGGUGUUACACAUUCUGUGGUUUGGACAAGCAUGACAUGUAUCCACCAUUGUAGUAUUGUACAUAGUUUCACUGCUCUAAAAAUCCUCUGUACUACACUGAUUCAUUCCUCCCUCCCCUCAGCCCCUGACAACCACUGAUAUUUUUACUGUCUCUAUAGUUUUGCCUUUUCCAGAGUGUCAUAUAGUUGGAAUCAUACAGAAUGUAGCCUUUUCAGAUUGGCUUCUUUCAUUGAGUAAUAUGCAUUUAAGUUUGUUCCAUAUCUUCUCAUGACUUGGUAGCUCAUUUCAUUUUAAUGCUGAAUACUAUUCCAUUGUUUGGGUGUACCACAGUUUAUUUAUUCAUUUACCUACUGAAGGACAUCUUCAUCGCAAUGUUGAAUAGUUUUGGCAGUUAUGUUCUGGAGUAAUUUGAAUAAAGUUUUGGCAAUUCAGAAUAAAGCUCCUGUAUCAACUAACUAUACCUCAAAAAAAAAAAAAUCAACAUAUUGUGUACCGUGUGCAGGUUUUCGUGUGGACAUCAGUUUUCAGCUCCUUUGUGUAAAUACCGAUAAGUGUUAUUGCUGGAUCAUAUAGUAAAAGUAUGUUUAGUUUUAUAAGAAACUGCCAAACUGUCUACCAGAGUGGCUGUACCAUUUUGCAUUUGUUAUCAGUGAAUGAAAGUUCCUGUUGCUCCAUGUACUCACCUGCAUUAGGUGCUGUCAGUGUUUUGCAUUUUGGGCAUUUUAAUAGAUAUGUAGUGGUCUCACUAUUUAAUUAAAAAAUUAAUAGACAUUUAUUCCUUUAGUUGAACAAUCAAAAUGUGUGGUUUAAGAUAUUUUUGAGUGGAAAGGAAUUUAGGUCUUGCAGUUUUUUUUUUUUUUUUUUAAUUGAAGUACAGUUUA